CUUGACGGAAACCUGUACUCGAUCGCAAAUUUCCAUGUCACCUAUUGUGCAGCAGCUAUUACUGUUGCAGGAACCGAAUAAUAUGGUCGAUAUCGAAUUUGUGCAUCCUUCUGCACUUUUGCGUGGUGUUUUGAUAACUGAAAGUCAAUGGAAUGCGUAGAUACAAGCGAAAAUUAAUGUUCCUAAAUGGGCAGAAACUUCAAUGUUUUACGAUCACCUAUAACUUUCGCUGUUUUCUGCCAAAGUUUUUAAAUGCAACAUUUUAGUCAUUUGGUGGGUUUGAAUACCAUUCUCGUGAUCAGGUACGUAAAGACAUCUUGGGUAUAUGUCAUUUCGCCCCAUUAUAGAGUUUGGUUUCAUAAACUUCCGAUUUUUGUUAUUGUCCUGGCGCCAUAUUAUAUGCGUUUUUUCGAAGUUAAUUCUCAAAAUUAUUGUAAAACCGCGUAGAAGUAUUGUCCGACAUCUCUUCAAUCCAUGGACCGAAGGUAUGAAAGUGUUUGCUGUAUCCAUUUAGGGAGGGCUCGUCGAUUUCUGCAAGUAAAGGCUACGCAUCAUGUUCCUAAAUGCCUCCAGAAGCGAAUGUAAUCUUCAGAAGCUAUUAAUGGCAAGAACAGGAAACCCAGCUCCUCUAUUGCGAAACGUCUUACAGAGACAGGAUAUAGAAAUGACGUUGGUACAUUUUUAGACCUAUCUGUAAAACGUGUUUGGAUCGCAUCCUAAAGUUUGUGGAAGCCCAAGUGUGAUUAAGAAGUUCAAACCGCCUUUGUGAGUUCCAAAAUUAUUCGUCAUCACACGAAACCUUCUUUGUUAAACUUCGUUUUGAUACCAGUCAGGGUAGAUGUAUUAAUGCCUCUGAUAUUUGGUUUAGUGAGCUUCAUUGUUAUUUUGGCCUUUAAUAUGCGAUUUUAAUUCCACCCAAAUUUAUGUCUAACCCCCUAACUGUAUUAAUUUCAUAUGUAUUCCCAUGACAAGUCCAUGCGUAAGCAGAUUGUCCAAAAGAAGUUGCACAAGUACAACACUACACGAUUCAGACAAAUUACGUCUUAUUACUUCGCCUAAAUUUCCACUUGUGUCAAAAAUAGUGACUGAUGUAAUCGCGCAUUGGUAUAAACUUCCAUUAAUUCUUACUGUGCUCUCGUUAAUAUUAUAUUGGUAGUUAUAUUCAUGUAUACAUCCUGUGAACCAUUGUUUUCUUUUUUAGGUAAUCUGUAGUUCCAGUGACCUCGUGGGAUUCGUUGCUAAAGAAAGCGGUUUUCAGUACCGUUGAUUUUGUAUUUUGUGUUGAAUCACUAACAAAUGUAUUCUCUAUACCCUAGAUAAACAUUCUACUUGUUAAUAGUCACAACUAACUUCAUAGAAUGUUUUGAGCUACAGAGUUAGGGUCAUGCGUUGUAUUGGGUAAUGAAUUUAGAAAAAACGUCCGCCCCUGAGGUAUAUUGUCGUGAAUACGGAGUACAUUCUCAUUCUCGUGAUAAAUCUGUUAGCAGUAAUUAUUAUCAGUACCUAUAUUUCGUAAGGAUGGUAUAUAACAAAACGUACUAAUUCAGUAGUCAGAGGUUAGAACUAUCGGUUAAAAUCGAAACAGGUGCUCAUGUAAGGGAAAAUUGAUUAAUUGAAAGUUAAAACAUCACGUAAGUGAUAUAGUUUAUAGCAUCGUUUACAUGCGAAUAGUUAAGGUUAUUUAUUUAGAAAUGAUGGUAACUUGUUGUUGGUUUAAGCGAUCUUUUGUUUGAUAGGAAAUAGGUGGGACAUUAUAACUGAAAAACAGUAUAACUGGACAAGCAACAUCUACUGGCCAUUAUACACAUAUUUUGAAGUAAAACACAAUCGGGCAGAUUAUCUCGAAGACAGGAGUAGAGCACUCUUCUGAAACUAUUAGUUUAGUGAGUAACUAAAUUUGUCUUUGAAUUAAGACUGAAAGUAAACGGCAUAUUGGUAGGCUAAAUGAUUAUCAUUAUUCGGUUUCGUCAGAAUAAGUAUCCGACUACUGUUUCACUCAUCAUUCUGUCCUUUGAAUAACUUAGUAACAUGGUGUUUACUUUCGGAUCCAAAUUACUAAGUUAAGGUUAAUAUCAGGAAGGAGGGUGGCGUUAGCUGAUCAGUAGAUAUGGUGGGGGUCACUAAGGUGAAUCGCCCCAUUCUGCAGGAACAGCAAUAUACAAAUUAAAGGCUCGAGAUAUUUCUGAUUUUUAUGAGGGCUUAGAUCUUUAUCUUGAAAAAGAUAAUAAUGAACGCCUUGACAGAUCAUGCUUCUACCUUUAAAUAUAUACCAUUCGCUCAGCCUAUUGUUGAGACGCGACCACGCGGGAUCUGCACAGAUUUAUGGGGCAUCUUAUAAACUAACUUGCUGUCCGUUGUCUGAUCUUUAAAUACCACUUCACAAUGUCUUAUCUCAUUCAUUUUCCAAUGACGUCUUUACUUGAUCCUCAUUAUAUCCCAUUAAACCUAACAUUUUACAGCUCUUUAUGACUUAUUAUAUUCCUACUCUCUGAAGGGUACGGUUGUACACUAAAUGCACAAAAAGGUAUAAAACAAAAACAACUGGCACAACUGAGGAUAAAUGUAUUAAAACCAAAAGUGGACAUCAUGAUAGUACGAGAUAUACGUGUAGCAUUAUACAUUGCAAAUGAACGUUGUCAGCCUAGGGAGUUUUCUUUAUUAAUGC